AUGAAAACCGUGAUUGGUGUCGUAUUGUGUGUCAUGUUGGUCGGACAGGUCGUGGCCAAAGAGAUUCCGUUGCCUAUUUUCAUGAAAGGUGCUACAGAUGAAGGGAAGUUGGUAAGCAAAGCUUAAAAUUUUUUUCUUAUAUUUCUCCCCCCCCCUUUCAUUUUUAUUUUUCUCCCCCCCCUUCAUUUUUAUUUUUCUCCCCCCCCAACAAAUUUGACAAUUUUUUUUUGUAAAAACUUGAAGUUAGUCCCCACCCCUACUUUUACAAAAAAUUUACCCCUGCCCCGUUCCUAUUAGGCACGAAACAGAGCCUACUAGGCCCGGCCAGGCUCCAACUUGAAGAGGAUUAAGUUUGAGCCAGGCUGCCUUGUCGUGCCCUAUCACUUCUUGUCCUGCCCUGCCCCAAAGCGAAUGUAAAGGCAGUCAAGCCGGCACAUGUGGACCCAAAAGCCGAGCCCCAAACUAACGUCAUAGAGGCGCAGCUCAGGUCCCGCAACGAACAUAAAAUUGGCAUUGUAUUAUUAAAAAUGGCGUCUGCAGGCUGCGGGAGACAUUUUAUACGAUGAAAAUCCAAAAGGCAAAAACUUUCUUUACAGGGCUAAAAAUGGCAAGAACUUUCUUUACAAAACAUAAAAUGACAAGAACUUUCUUUACAAACAAAAAAUAGCAAGAACUUUCUUUACAAACAAAAAAUAGCAAGAACUUUCUUUACAAAACAAAAAAUAGCAAGAACUUUCUUUACAAAACAAAAAACAAUAUUAUUAAAACCAUUCCAGGCCAUGUUAGAACUCCUAUCCCGUGGCGAUCUACCCCCAAAAGAACGAAGAGCUUUAGUUGACGAACUUGUCGCUGGCCAGCCAGCUCAGGUCCAGAAAGCCUACAAACAAUACAACGAUUUGUUAGAUCAGCACGCUCAAAAGUACGGUAUUUCAUUAGAAGCCGAAUUGGAAAAGGCUCGACAGGACUAUCUGGCCAAGCAUCCGGAUGCUGCUUAG